AUGGCUGAUGCUCCACAACGGCACCCGAAUCUAAAUUUGACGCCGGAGGAGAAGCGCGUAUUUUACCAGCUCUUCCAGGCUGCUGACACGACCAACCUCGGCGUGAUCACUGGCGAGAUUGCGGUGCCAUUUUUCGAGAAGACACAUCUGCCAUCCAGUGUGCUUGGCGAGAUAUGGCAGCUUGCAGACAAAGAGAACAGGGGUCUCUUGACUCCCUCUGGCUUCGGGAUCGUCCUUCGGUUGAUUGGACAUGCACAAGCUGGGCGUGUGCCCUCCGAUGAAUUGGCUUUGCAGCCUGGACCGAUUCCUCGAUUUGACGGUAUCGUUGUCGACAACACUCCAGCACCCAGUGAAUCUGGAACUGCUAGUCCUCCGCCUGGUGCUGGUCCUCCAGUUCGUGUACCACCGUUGCAGCCAGAAGAUGCUCACAAGUUCCUCUCGCUGUUUGAGAAGUCAGAUACCCCCAAUGGCAUGAUAUCAGGUGAAACCGCGAAACAGAUCUUUGAGCGCGCGCGUUUACCCAAUGAGGUCCUUGGUCGGAUAUGGAAUCUCGCAGAUACAAAACAGCGUGGUGCUCUUGACGCUACUGACUUCAUCAUCGCAAUGCACCUUCUCACGUCCUACAAGGCCGGGACUCUUCGCGUCAUUCCCCAAACUUUGCCUCCACCUUUGUACGAGGCUGCCGCUCGGCGAGGAUCGGGGCGUGGUUCCUUUGGUGCGCGUGCGAACGUCCCCGCUGUCCCCAAUAUUCCCAAGCAAUUCAGUGGUCCCCAGCGUGCUAGCACUCCUCUUAGCCCUAAUAAUACCGGCCGACUAGCGUUCGGUGGCCCAAUUCCAGCUCAGCCUACAGGGGAUUGGCUCAUCAAUCCCCAGGAGAAAGCACACUUUGACACUAUCUUUGAGACGGUCGAUACCGCCAAGCUGGGAUCAAUUACCGGUGACCAGGCUGUCGCCUUUUUCAUGAAGGCUCAGCUUCCUGAGGAGGUGCUCGCGCAAAUUUGGGAUCUUGCGGAUAUUGAUGCCGACGGUCAGCUCAACCAUGAUGAGUUUGCCGUGGCCAUGUAUCUGGUGCGGCUGCAGCGGAGUGGAAAGGAGCCUCUUCCCCAAGUGCUGCCACCAGCGCUCAUCCCUCCGAAAAUGCGCCGUCAAGCUCCACAGUCUGUUGCUGCUCAGCCGCAGGCUCCCAUGCCUCCGCCUGCGCCUGCCCCUGUUCCACGGUCGGCUGCGGAUGACUUGUUUGGCCUUGACUCUCCACCGCAGCCAGUUGCACAGACUCAAUUCCCCCAAUCCACUGGUGGCUCAAAUACUGCGUUCCAGACACCUGGCUCCCCAGCUUCGCGAGGCUCGCCUCAAGUGCCGAAUACCCAAUUCAAGCCUUUUGUUCCGACAUCAAGCUUUGGCCAGACUCUGCAACCCCAGAUGACGGGGGCUUCUUCAGGGACACCAGCUCCCAUCCGCUCGCCGCCUCCUCCUUCAGACGACCUGCUGGGGGAUAAUGACCCGGAGGAAUCGAAGAAGCUUACUCAAGAAACCAGUGAUCUUGCCAAUCUUUCUAACCAGAUAGGCUCUCUAGCCAAGGAGAUGCAUACUGUGCAGGGCAAGCGUACCUCAGCGGAACAGAGCAUUACGCAAGCCUCUCAGCAGAAGCGGGACUUUGAGGCACGUCUAGCCCAAGCUCGCGCCAUGUACGAGCAGGAAGUUGCAAACUUCAAGGCUCUUGAAGAGCGCCUUCGGGUCUCGAGAGCCGAGACUGCCAAAUUGCAGCAAGAGUAUGCGUUGAUUGAAGGGAGCCGCCAGGACCUUCAGACUCAGUACAGUCAAGUGUCCAGCGCGCUCGCUACUGAUCAGCAAGAGAAUGCUAGCCUGAAGGAGAAGAUCCGCCAGGCCAACGCCGAGGUUGCUCAAUUGAAACCGGCUUUGGAAAAGGCUCGCUCAGACGCUCGCCAGCAAAAGGGCCUUGUUGCUAUCAAUAAAAAGCAGCUCGCCACUGUCGAGGGUGACCGUGAUAAGAUUCAAGGCGAGAUCGACUCUUUGGCUAAAGAGACUCCUCGGCACACUGAAUCUCCAACGCCUGUCAGCUCGGCUGCGGAUGUCACCAGUCCUGCAUUGUCCACUGCCAGUCAGAACACCAACCCCUUCUUCCGUCGUCCAACAACCGCCCCUUCGAGUGAGCGGGCAAUGUCUCCUGAGACCACAACCGAGCAGCAAAAGGCAUUCGAUAACCUCUUCGGUCAGUCCAUUGCGUCUCAAUCUACUGGCGGUCCGCCUCCAACAUCAUUCCGUGCCGAGUCGCCGUUCGCAGCAAAUGCGCCUGCCACUUCGAAUGUUCCUACACCGUCUGCAUCCCCGGUGCCUGCAGUCUCUGUCCCGGGGGCCUUCCCCGAUGCUACGUUUGAAGGCCCAUUUGCUGGUUCAGCCGGUCACCUUGCACCAGGCUUCCCUCAAUCAAGCGACCAUCAAUCUGUGACUUCGUCCACCGUGGUUUCGCCGCCCGCCAGUCGUUUUGGUGGUCCUGAUACUACGGGAAUCGCGACUCCUUCUCAGGACGCCAGUGAUCGGGCCGGGACACCAUCGAUUGCCGAGUCCAGUGACUACAGCCGAGCUCCCCCUUCUGCGUCGGAAGACACGCCCGCUCGUUCGCCAUUUGAUGAACCGGGUGCUGCUGCUGGGGGCGUGAAGCAAACUCCCUCUUCAAUCUCCCCUAAUGUCACUGGAAAUCAGGAACCCACUAAGGACUUGUCCUUUGAUGAGCUAUUUGGCAGCAAGGCACACAAGAGAUCCGAGUCCCAGAAAGAAAAUGACUUUGAAGAGGCUUUUGCUUCCAUGUCGCAGAAGUCGGGCGAGAAACCUAGCGGGCCAGCCGCCGCUGCCGCCUCGACUUCUGAAUUCCCCCCGAUCCAGGAGCUGGACCAUGACGAAGAGGACGAUGAAAGCUCAGAUGACGAGGGUGGCCUUGGCUUUGACGAUAACUUUAACCCUGCUUCUCCCUCAAGCCCGCAUGCGGAGAAGAAGCUUGACGCAAUUGAUGCCGCUCAAUUGGCCUCGUUCCCAACACCUGGAUCCGCCCCUCCUCCAGCGGCUGAUGCUCAGCUCAGUCCGCCUCAUUACGAAGAUAGUACGGCUGGGGAGACAAGCAAUUUGCCAGCCGAGUACAAAGACCUGUUGCCUGAGCGCGCAGAUCCCACGACUGCGCCGGAUGCGCCUCAUUCAGUUCAAUCUAGCAGCGGCGAGCCCAUAAUCCCUGAUGAGUCUCAGCAAAAAUCUGGGCCUGAGGUCGGGGCACCUGUGACUGGUGGCGCAAAGGUCGGCGGACCUGAUUUCGACGCGGCUUUUGCUGGACUCAAUCUCGCACCCGCUAAGGAAAUUGACGAUGAUGACGAAGACGAUGAAGCUGAUGCUAUUCACCAUAAGGAAGCCAAUGACUUUGACUUCUCGUUCGACUCGCCGGCCCAGACUCAUCAUGGAGCUUCUUCCAGCGGCGAUGUCGCUCACGCCGGAUCGUCGAACUUCUUCUCGUUUGAUGACCAUACUUCGACUGCGCCCGUUCACGCAACGACCACAAAUGCUACUACCUCCAACGAAGGUAACGGCAAGGAGGCUGGACACGAUUGGGAUGCCCUCUUUGCCCCACUCGAAGGCGCCAAGGCCGCUCCAGAGGAAUCUGACGGCAACGCGAACACGAAGGCACCUGGCUGGGCCCUCGGAACUGAAACUGGAGAAGAUGACCUUCUCUUGCAGCGACUGACGGGCAUGGGGUUCCCUCGUGAGGACUCACUUGCAGCUUUGGAGAAGUUCGAUUACAACAUUGACAAGGCUGUCGACUACUUGACCUCCAAGGCUUGA